GAGUACAACACAAAAAGCUGAUGACUGAAAGGGAAAAAAUGGGAGUUGUUCUAAAGGUUAUAAUGCCAGCUACACUAGCUGUGACGAUGAUCUGCUCACUGACUGCAGCCCAUUCUCUGGAGAGAGACCCAAGCAACACUAGUGGUGAUGGAGAAACCCACACCUGUCCACAAGUGGAGCUCCUGAGAGGAAGAGACGGCAGAGACGGGAGAGAUGGUGUGAGGGGAGAGCCAGGAGCCCAGGGACCAAAGGGAGACAGAGGUCUGCCUGGUCUUCCAGGAGAACAGGGUCAACAAGAUCCAGAUGGUCAG